GGCUCCAUUAACACGCAAAAUUUACAAGCAGAGCUUGGAAGCCCACGGGAAGCUCGGGUGCCACCAGAGGAGGACUGGGUCCUCUGAAAAGGACUACCCACCGGAAUAUUUCUGGGGUAUCCUGUGGAAUAAUCACAGUCUCAAAUACUGAGUUCUUUACAGCUCAGCGGAACCAGCCUCUCCAGAGGCUGUACCAAGCAAGAACCAAUGGAGGCCAGCUGGAAGAUCAUUUGCAAACAAAGGCAAGUCCUUUUUCUCUUUCUCUUCUUGGCCUUAUCUCAGGCGGGCACUGAACCUAGGCGUUAUUCUGUGGUGGAGGAAACUGAGGGGAGCUCGAUUGUAACCAAUUUAGCAAAGGACUUGGAUCUGAGCCAGAGUGAACUCUCUAGGCGGGGGGCUAGGGUAAUUUCCAAAGGGAACAAACUGCAUUUGCAGCUCGAUCAGGAGACCGGGUAUUUGUUGCUAAAUGAGAAACUGGACCGAGAGGAACUGUGCGGUCACACAGAGCCCUGUGUGCUGCGUUUCCAGGUGUUGCUAGAGAAUCCCUUACAGUUUUUUCAAGCUGAGCUACAAGUAAUAGACAUAAAUGACCAUGCUCCGGUGUUCGUGGAAAGAGAUAUGUUGCUAAAAAUAUCAGAGAGCAGUCCUCCUGGGACUGCAUUUCCUCUGAGGAACGCUCAGGAUGUGGAUGUAGGCCGAAAUAAUAUUGAGAGUUAUAUAAUCAGUCCCAACCCCUAUUUUCGGGUCCUUACCCGCAAACGCAGCGAUGGCAGGAAAUACCCGGAGCUGGUUCUAGACAAAGCGCUGGAUCGCGAGGAGGAACCUGAGCUCAGGUUAACCCUCAUCGCUCAGGAUGGCGGCUCUCCACCCCGGUCUGGAACCGCUCAGGUCUACAUCGAGGUCAUAGAUAUCAACGAUAAUGCCCCUGAAUUUGAGCAGCCUUUGUAUAGUGUUCAGAUCCCUGAGGACAGUCCCAUAGGCUUCCUGAUUGUCAGGGUCUCUGCGACGGAUGUGGACGUAGGAGUCAACGGAGAGAUUUCCUAUUCACUUUUCCAGGCUUCAGAAGAGAUUAGAAAAACCUUUGAAAUCAACCCCAUGACAGGAGAUAUUCGACUGAAAAAACAUCUUGAUUUCGAAACAGUUCAGUCCUAUGAGGUCAAUAUUGAGGCCAGAGAUGCUGGAAAUUUGUUCGGAAAGUGCACCGUUCUGACUCGAGUUUUGGAUGUGAACGACAAUGCCCCAGAAGUCACCAUGUCCGCGCUAACCAGACAGAUCCCUGAGAACUCGCCUGAGACUGUGGUUGCAGUUUACAGUGUUUCGGAUCUUGAUUCGGAAGAAAAUGGAAAAGUAAGUUGCUCCAUUCAGGACGAUCUACCCUUUUUCCUGAAAUCUUCCUUGGAAAACUUUUACACCCUAGUCACAGAGAGACCGCUGGAUAGAGAGAGCAGAGAUGAGUACAACAUCACCAUCACCGUCACUGACUUGGGGACCCCCAGGCUGAAAACCCAGAAAAAUAUAACCGUGAUAGUCUCCGACGUCAACGACAACGCCCCGGCCUUCACCCAAACCUCCUACACUCUGUUCGUCCGCGAGAACAACAGCCCCGCCCUGCACAUAGGCAGCGUCAGCGCCACAGACAGAGACGCGGGCGCCAACGCCCAGGUCACCUACUCGCUGCUGCCGCCACAGGACCCGCACCUGCCCCUGGCCUCCCUGGUGUCCAUCAACGCCGACAACGGGCAGCUGUUCGCCCUGAGGGCGCUGGAUUACGAGGCCCUGCAGGCCUUGGAGUUCCGCGUGGGCGCCACGGACCGCGGCUCCCCUGCGCUGAGCAGCCAGGCGCUGGUGCGCGUGCUGGUGCUGGACGCCAACGACAACUCGCCCUUCGUGCUGUACCCGCUGCAGAACGGCUCUGCGCCCUGCACCGAGCUGGUGCCCAGGGCGGCCGAGCCGGGCUACCUGGUGAGCAAGGUGGUGGCGGUGGACGGAGACUCGGGCCAGAACGCCUGGCUGUCGUACCAGCUGCUCAAGGCCACGGAGCCCGGGCUGUUCGGCGUGUGGGCGCACAACGGCGAGGUGCGCACGGCGCGGCUGCUGAGCGAGCGCGACGCGGCCAAGCACAGGCUGGUGGUGCUGGUCAAGGACAACGGCGAGCCGCCGCUGUCGGCCAGCGUCACGCUGCACGUGCUGCUGGUGGACGGCUUCUCGCAGCCCUACCUGCCGCUCCCGGAAGCGGCGGCCGACCCGGCCCAGGCCGACCCGCUCACGGUCUACCUGGUCAUCGCGUUGGCGUCGGUGUCGUCGCUCUUCCUGUUCUCGGUGCUGGCGUUCGUCGCGGCGCGGCUGUGCAGGAGGGGCAGGGCCGCCUCGUUGGGUGGCUGCUCGGUGCCCGAGGGCCACUUUCCGGGCCACCUGGUGGAUGUCAGUGGUACUGGGACCCUUUCCCAGAGCUACCAGUAUGAGGUUUGUCUGACCGGAGGCUUAGGUGCCAGCGAGUUCAAAUUUCUGAAGCCUGUUGUGCCCAAUUCUCAGGGCCAUUACCCUGGGCCAGAAAUAGAAGAAAAUACUAACUUUGGGAAUGAUUUUGGUUUCAGUAUUCAGUGACAGUAAUUGUUUAUCAUAUUCCAAAUAGUUAAAAUUGAUCAUUUCAAUGUGAUGGUUUUUCUGGCCACCUAUUAGGAAUUUUUAAAUUACACUAAACUUGCUUGCAAAAUUUCUUAUAUUAGUUUUUUGUUUUAAGGAUCUCUUCAUUACUAUAACAAGAUGAAUGGUCCUUAAUCUUGCCUCUAAAAAGGCUAAUGAAGUCAGUAGUUGUACAAAUCUUUGUUCUGGAAUAGGUUACGAAUGUAUUAGGGGAAAAACAGUGAAAAGUUAAUUCUGUAUAAUUGAUUGUAUUUUCUUGAGCUUUUUAGUUUUUAUUAUUCGUUUUUAAACCAUUAGGUAUAUAUAAGCAGGAAUGCACUAACACUUAACGCUGAAGUAUGCCUAAGCAGAAAGGAAAGAGAACUGGUACAGUGAGAAUUUGGCUCUUGCUUUAUUUUGCUCUCAUAGCACUUAUCUUUGAUACUGUUUUCUCUUAAAAUGUUAUACCAAUUGUGCUUCCUUUCAUCAUUAUACCAGUAUUCAUUUGAAUAUAAUUAUUUUAAUUGCUUUCCAUUUAGUUUCAUUGGUGUUUAAAGGAGAGGGAAAGCUACACUGUAUUUAUCCAGUGAGAUGAAAUAGCAUAGUAGUGAAAUUGACUUUUCCCAUUUGAGAAGCAUUGAGUAUGUCUGACAGAAAACGCAGUGGCCACCUAAUAUCCAUUCAUCUUUUCUUCUUUAGUAACAGAUCCCAAAUUUACUUAGGGCAUUGGUGUGUUUAUUCAAAAUAAUGCAUUUUGUCAACGUCCUUGGCAGCUAGAAUGGGGUAUUUGACUAGGUUUUAGUCGACAUACAUAUACAAAUGUUGGAUGACUUCUAAGAAAGCUAUUUAAAGAGAGAAGACUCAUCUAGGAAGGAGUCCCUUUUUGUCCUUAGACAAGGACAAAACUUCUUGCUGCUCAUAAUGUGUAAGUCAUGGUUGGAACACAGUUAGCCAUGUUGGGCCUUAAAGCAACACUGAGGAUAGAAAUAAUGGACAAAGACAGUCAGUAUAGAAUAAACUUUAAAGAGAUGAGGGUCCCUCAUGAUCACAGAGUUAUUAUCUCAUCCCUGGUUUACCUACUUCUGAACUUUCUUUAUUUGAGAAAUAAAGGAACUUCUAUCUCAUGUAAGCCACCAUCAUUUUAGUUUUAUGCUACCUCCAAUGGACUCUAAUCCUAAUGCUUUAACAUUAAGAUUUUUUAUUAAAACAUUAUAUAAUAAAUAAAAUGCACAGAUCUUAAGUGCACAAAUCAGUUUGCUCUAACUGAUCUUUUUUAAGCUUUUAAUUUUUGAUUUCUAAUUCAGUUAAAAGUAGUGUACAGAGUGCUUUACAUUCAUUAUCUUUUUAAUCCUUUGCCAGACCUUAAAGGAGUUGGCAUAUCAUCCCCUUUUUUACACUUAAAUAACUGGAGCUAUGAAAGGUUAAGUAACUUGCUUGCAAUUGUAAGUAAUAAAAGGAAAAAUUUGAAAUAUAUUCUAAGUCUACUUGAAUUGAGCACCCCAGUUCUUAACCUACCGUGUUUCCCUGAAAAUAAGACCUA